AAAGUUGAUUCACUAAAAAUUCACAUAACUGGAAGGAAGGAACGAACCUUGAUCCAAGUGGCGCAGUUGUUUUAAAACAGCGUAAAGAAUGCAAUUUUUCAACUUUUACUUGUAAGCAAAAAGACAAAAAAGAGUUUUCUUUACUAGACUUCAAGACAACGUCUUUAUUCACUUGGUGAAAAUGUCAGUUAUAAAUUUAAGCGGUGGCGGCGGAAAGCUAGCGGUGAAAAACAAAACACCGAAUCCUAUCCAAGUCACUGCUGAACAACUUUUACGGGAAGCUGUUGAGCGACAGCAGAAAGAAGUCAAAGCUCCCAGACAGCGUGUUAUGGAUGAAGAUGAAUUAGAGGAUUAUCGAGUGCGUAAAAGAAAAGAAUAUGAAGAUGCCUUACGGCGUCAACGUCACAAUUUAGGGAUUUGGAUUCGUUAUGCAGAGUGGGAAGGUGCGCAACGUGAUUUUCGACGCGCUCGGUCUGUUUAUGAAAGAGCACUCGUAGUGGAUUUUAGUAAUAUAGGUUUAUGGUCAAAGUAUAUAGAAAUGGAAACCAAAAAUAAAUUUGUUAAUUCGGCACGUAAUCUUUAUGAUCGUGUAACACAACUUCUUCCUCGAGUAGACCAUUUUUGGAUUAAAUAUACUUAUAUGGAAGAAUUGCUAGGUAAUUAUGCGGGUGCUCGAGCGAUAUUCGAGCGAUGGAUGCAAUGGGAACCUGAAGAAAAAGCAUGGCUAUUAUAUGUUCGAUUUGAAGAGCGUUGUGAGGAAGUUGAUCGAGCACGUUGUGUGUUUGAGCGUUUAUUAGGUUGUCGUCCAUGUCAAAGUACUUUUUUGAAAUAUAGUAAAUUUGAGGAGAAACAUUAUAACAUCAUAAAAGCACGAGCAAGUUUUGAAAAAGCGAUUGAAAUUUUACCAGAAGAGUAUUUAGAUGAAAAUUUUUUCAUAAAGUUUGCUCAAUUUGAAGAACGUCAGAAGGAAUUCGAGAGAGUGAAAAGUGUGUUUGAACAAGCUUUAUUACGUUUUCCUAAGGAAAAAUGUAAGGAACUUGAAAUGAAAUAUGUUGCUUUCCAAAAGCAAAGAGGAGAUAGAGAAACCCUAGAAGCAGUUGUUAUUCAAAAACGUCGUAUUUAUUAUGAAGAGAAACUUCGCAAAUCCUCUAAAGAUUAUGAUACAUGGUUUGAUUUAAUCCGUUUAGAAGAAUUGUACCCAGAUAUUGAUCGUCUUCGAGACACAUAUGAACGUGCGGUCGCUCAAUUGCCGCCUGUUUUGCAGAAAAAAUAUUGGAAACGCUACAUUUAUUUAUGGUUGAAUUAUGCUUUUUUUGAAGAAAUGAUUGCUAAAAAUGUUGAACGCACUCGUAAUAUUUAUGACAAAGUGAUCGAAAUUCUUCCUCACAAACAGUUUAGUUUUUGUAAAAUUUGGAUCCAUUAUGCGGAUUUUGAGAUAAGGCAAUUACAACUUGAUCGUGUAAGAAAAAUAUACGGCCGAGCUUUAGGAGAAUAUGGCAAAGAUAAAAUUUUUUUAGCCUAUGCAGCGUUAGAGUUAAGCCUAGGAAACAUUGACCGUUGUCGUACUAUUCAUGCAAAAUUUAUUGAAAAACAUCCAACCUCAACAAAAGCUUGGAUAUCGUUUAUUGAUUUCGAGAUCAAUUUAGAAGAAUACGCAAGAGGCAAGGCUCUUUGUGAAAUCGCAAUUGAUUUAAAUACGGUGACGUUACCUGAAAUGAUAUGGAAGAAAUAUAUUGAUAUUGAGGCCCAGCAAGGGGAACAUCAACGAGUGCGAGAUUUAUAUGAACGCUUAUUAAAAAUAAGUCAGCAUUUCAAGGUUUUCAAGGCUUACAGUACCUUUGAGUUUUCAGUUUGUCAUAAUAUAGUACGUGCACGUGAAAUCUUAAGCCGAGGUAUGCAACAUUGUAAAGAAACAAAGAAAAAUGAAGAAAGGAAAUUCUUGAUCGAUCAUUUAAUUUCUUUGGAGAAACAACAUGGUGAUUCUAUUGAACUUCAAAAGGCUAUUUCCAUGAAGCCCAAGGCUAUACGUAUAAGGAAAACAAUUAAAGAGGAUAAUGGAUUAAUUCAAGGUUAUGAAGAAGCUAUAGAGUACCUAUUCAAAGAUGAUGUUUCUCAAUCAGCGAAUCUGGAGAUUCUUGAAAAAGCUAAGGCAUGGAAAAAACAACAACAACAACAAGAGAUUAUUUCAAGUUCUGCGUAAUGUAAAAUCUCUCCUUAUUUUUAUCCUCUCAAUCAGUCUACUUAAUCUAUUUUUUUAAAUAAAACAAGAAAGGACUUUAAUAAGUUAACGAGUUACUCAAUUGUAAUAAUACUUUAUGUCGUUUUGAAGUAAAGGCUUUUUUUUUAUUGAAUGUCACGAUAGAGAAAUUGUAACUACAUCUAACUUUUAUUUUUCAAUAUAAAAAUCUUUA